AUGAGCCCCCUCCCCGCGGGCAACGGCAGCGCCUGGGGGGGCUCCGGCAACUGCAGCGGGGCCGGCAGCCUGGGCCGGCAGUGGGUGCUGGGGACCGCCAUCAGCCUCACCGUCCUGGUCACCGUGGCCGGUAACUUGCUGGUGAUUGUGGCCAUCGCCAAGACGCCGCGGCUGCAGACCAUGACCAACGUCUUCAUCACCUCGCUGGCCUGCGCCGACCUCAUCAUGGGCUUGCUGGUGGUGCCGCCAGGGGCCACCAUCCUGCUGAGCGGCCACUGGCCCUACGGCACGACGGUGUGCGAGCUGUGGACCUCGCUGGACGUGCUGUGUGUCACGGCCAGCAUCGAGACGCUGUGUGCCAUCGCCGUGGAUCGCUACCUCGCCAUCACCUCGCCGCUGCAGUACGAGGCGCUGAUGACCAAGGGCCGGGCCCGGGCCGUGGUGUGCCUGGUGUGGGCCAUCUCUGCCUUCAUCUCCUUCCUGCCCAUCAUGAACCACUGGUGGCGGGACGGGGCGGACGAGCGGGCGGCGCGCUGCUACGACGACCCGCGCUGCUGCGACUUCGUCACCAACGUGACCUACGCCAUCAUCUCCUCCACCAUCUCCUUCUACGUGCCCCUGCUCGUCAUGAUCUUCGUCUACGUGCGAGUCUUUGCCGUGGCCACGCGGCACGUCCAGCUCAUUGGCAAGGACAAGGUGAGGUUCCUGCAGGAGCCCCCCAGCCCCACGGGCAGGAGCAGCCGGCGCAGGCGGCCCUCCCGUCUGCUGGCCAUCAAGGAGCACAAGGCGCUCAAAACCCUGGGCAUCAUCAUGGGCGUCUUCACGCUCUGCUGGCUGCCCUUCUUUGUGGCCAACAUCAUCAAGGUCUUCUGCCGCUCGCUGGUGCCGGACCAGCUCUUUCUCUUCCUCAACUGGCUGGGCUACAUCAACUCCGCCUUCAACCCCAUCAUCUACUGCCGCAGCCCCGACUUCAGGAGCGCCUUCCGCAAGCUGCUGUGCUGCCCGCGCCGCGCCGACCGCCGGCUCCACGCCGUCUCCCAGGACCUGCAGCGCUGCCCCUGUGCCUUCAGCCCUCGGGGGGGCCCUGCAGAGGACAGCAAGGCGGCCCCCGGGCGCGCCGGGGAGGACGGCGAGGCUCGGGGCAGCGGCAGCAGAACAGAGGAGACUCCUCUGCCCCAGGGCGGUGGCCACCGGCAACGGCCCCUGGGCGAGUCCCGGCUGCAGGGCGCGCAGACCUCGCUGUGUUCCCAGCUGCAUGACUUUGCUGGCGGAGCGACGCCCGCGGGUCCGUCCGACUGACUGAGAGCAGCGGAGAGCUGGGAGGAGAGCGCUUCCCCCGGCCGGGUCAUCAUCGCUCCGGCCUCUCCUCUGCCCGCCUUGGCCGCCGCCCUCCCCGGGGACCGCAGCCCGUGGCCAGCCCCAGGCUGCUGCCCGGGCUCGGGCACGUGAGUCCGGGUCAGCCCGGCCGCAGCCGCUUUAACCCUCCUUGUGCUGCUGCCCGCUUGGCUCGCUGGAGCUGCGCCCCUUGCGCACGGCGCUCCCGGCUCCCUUCCGUGCCUGCGGGGGCGGUGGCUGUGGGUCCCUGUCCCCAGCCGAGCCUGGUGGGUGACACUGUGUCACCUCCCACCCUCUUCUUGCAGGGCCGGGCUGGCGGAGCAGCUGGCAGCUGGCAGGACCCUGCGGUGCGUGCACCGACCCGGAGAGGAGGAGGAUGUCCCUUGGGAACGCUGGAGCUCUUGGGACAGCACCAGCUCCUUCGUGCCGUCGGUGCUGGAGGCGCGGAGCUGGGGAAAAGCUCUGGAGCUGCUCACCAAGGGGCAGCACAGCCUCAGGGAUGUGUGGACAGGGGACAAACUCCUCUCUUGGCACGGCUGGCAGUGGGAUGUGGAGACUGCCAGCUCCGCUUUCUUGAAGGACAAAGGACCCUGUUGCCCCAGGCUUGGCCAGUUUCGGACAGUCUGCUGAGAAGGAGAGAAGAGCCUCCUGCAGGCUCAAGCCCUUCCCAGGAUUUCCAUCCCUGCAUUCCAGGGCUGAGUGCAAUUCCAGGAGCUGCAGCGAUGCCUUCAGCAGAGGAAAAGCUCAGGGGAAUGAGGGGAGCUCCGAGCACGGAGCACCUCCAAACCCAGGGAACUGGGACCGGGUCAGGACUCUCGGCAGUUUCCCCCCCUCGUUUGGGACAGAUGCCCGUGUCGGUGCCCCGCGGGGACGGGAGGUGGAUUCUCAUCUCAUGAGCGCAGACGCGCCCUGCCCACGCUGCACCUUUGGGCACGGGCUGGCGUCAGCGUGUCCGGUGACCGCACAGUUUUUGUCCCGGUUUGUGUCCCCCCGUGCCGUGUGAAAUAAACCUCUGGAUCUCU